AACUGGGGCUGGUUUUACCUUGUCAUUUCUGGAGUCAUAAACAAGUUGAGAAAGUAGUCAUCAAUUCCGUAAAGCUGGGAACUUGGAAAAGAGAAUCAAUUAUUAUAGUCUCUAAGAGCUGUUUUAUCUCUCUUGAGACACCCUUUAUUGUUGAGGUCUUGAAAGUGAUUCAAACAGUGUCCAUCUUAUUCAGAAGUCUAAGUAUCAAAUAUGGUAAUGGAUUUCAAAGAAUUCUUCACUGAAUAUGGUGAAGCCCAUCAAUAUGAAAUUCUUGAGGUUGUUGGCAAGGGAAGCUAUGGUGUUGUUGCAGCAGCAAUUGAUACUCAUACUGGAGAAAAGGUAGCAAUAAAGAAGAUCAAUGAUGUUUUUGAGCAUACCUGUGAAGCGACCCGCAUCCUUAGAGAAAUAAAGCUCCUUCGGUUGCUUCGGCACCCAGAUAUUGUAGAAAUAAAGCAUAUUAUGUUGCCUCCAUGUCCGAGGGAAUUCAAGGAUAUAUAUGUUGUUUUCGAGUUGAUGGAAUGUGACCUUCAGAAUGUAAUUAAAGCAAAUAACAGUCUUACUGCUGAACAUUAUCAAUUCUUUAUGUAUCAGCUUCUUCGAGGGUUAAAGUAUAUGCAUACAGCUAAUGUAUUCCAUCGGGAUUUGAAGCCAAAGAACAUUCUGGCAAAUGCAGAUUGCAAGCUGAAAAUUUGUGAUUUUGGGCUUGCUCGGGUAUCAUUUGGAGAUACCCCAUCUGCUGUUUUCUGGACUGACUACGUGGCAACUCGGUGGUACCGUGCUCCAGAACUUUGUGGUUCCUUUUUCUCCAAAGUAAGUACGAUGUACACUCCAGCAGUUGAUAUCUGGAGUAUAGGAUGUAUAUUUGCAGAAAUGCUUACAGGAAAACCAUUAUUUCCGGGGAAGGAUGCAGUUCACCAAUUGGAUCUCAUAACUGAUUUGCUUGGUUCGCCGUCCACUGAAGCCAUUGCAAGGAUUAAAAAUGAAAAAGCAAGGAGAUAUUUAAGCAGCAUGAAGAAGAAGGCACCUAUCCCUCUCUCAGAUAAAUUCCCACACAUUGAUCCACUAGCUCUAAAAUUGCUUGAGCGUUUGAUUGCAUUCGAUCCCAAAGAUCGCCCUUCUGCUGAAGAGGCGCUAGCACAUCCAUAUUUCCGUGGUUUGGCAAACAAGGAAGAGGAACCAUCAUCUCAGACUAUCUCAAAAUUUGAAUUCGACUUUGACCGAAGAAAACUUGGGAAAGAGGAUCUUAGGGAGCUCAUCUACCGAGAGAUUCUGGAAUAUCACCCCGAGAUGCUGAAGGAGCAUCUUCAAGGCACUGAUCACACUCACUUUAUGUAUCCAAGUGGAGUUGAUUGCUUCAAACAACAAUUUGACCAUCUCGAGGGGCACAAUGGUAGAGGUGGAAGCACUCUCUUUCCAAGACGCUAUGCCUCCUUGCCCAGAGAACGUGUCUGUGCUUCCACAGAUGAGGAAGCUGAUAAGGAUGGUGAAUUUGAAAGGCAUGUUGUAGCUGCUAUGGCUCAGAGAUGUCUUCCAAGCCCCCCCAGUUCCCCUAAGGUCAAAAAACCGGAUACUGCUAAUGCAGUCAAAGGUCAUAUGGAGACUGGCCGUUCUACGCCAAAGAAUAGUACACCAAAGAAUACCGAAUGCUGCAUGCUAAGAAGUUCUAGUAUUAGUUUUUCCAAAUGUGUUGGAGCCAUAUGGGACUCCGAGGAUACAACCUGCAAGCCAUAUCAAAACGGGAUAAGUAGAUCAUCGAAGACAGCUUUGUAUGCUUGACCAUUUUUAUUCUACUGGAUGGAUAAGGAAUUGCUAGAUUUCUGGUAAGUGACACUAAUUGCAAUGUAAUUGCUCAUGUACUCAAAUGGAGUCUUGGUUCGUUGUAUUGUAAACUAUAAACAAUUUAGCUAUGACAUCAUUACUUUGACUUUCA